CAGAAGGAAUGUUUGGCAGGUCAGUCCCAAGGUCAUGUGGCCAGAGCUGAAAUAUAAAUGAGCAGCGCAGAUGAAGAAGUGAGAGGCAACAUGAGAGGACUUUGGUUUUUGGCUGCUCUGGUUGUGGCUGUUUUCAGCAAGGAGACAUUCGAGGGACACCAGGUUUUUCGGAUCACUGCAAAGGAUGAGGUGGAGAUCAGGCUCCUGAAGGAUCUGUCUGAGCAGAAAGAUCUUGGGCUGGAUUUCUGGAGGGAACCUGUUGGGGUGUCACUCCCGGUGGAUGUCCGUGUUCCCUUUCCCAGCCUGCAGGCCCUCAGGGCGUUCCUGGGCUACCAUGAGAUCCAUUAUGAGAUCAUGAUCCAGGAUCUUCAGGACGUCCUGGAUGAGGAGCAGGAGAUGACGAGAGCUCGUGUUUUCCAGCCCAGAAGCACUGAUGAGUACGACUAUGAGCACUACCACACACUUAGCGAGAUCAACACCUUCAUGGACAUGUUGGUGCAGGAGAACCCGAAGUUGGUCAGCAAGAUCGUGAUCGGACAGAGUUACGAGGGACGUCCAUUAAACGUUUUAAAGUUCAGCACCGGAGGUACAAAGCGCCCCGGGAUCUGGAUCGACACCGGGAUCCACGCCAGAGAGUGGAUCACGCCGGCAAGUGGAACCUGGUUUGCCAAGAAGAUUGUGACGGAUUACGGACGUGACCCCGCUCUUACUGCCAUCCUUGACAAGAUGGACAUUUUCCUGGAGCUUGUCACCAACCCUGACGGAUACGAAUACACCCACACCAGUAAUCGCAUGUGGCGCAAAACCAGGAGGAUAAACUCUGGUUCUUCGUGUUUCGGGGUCGACCCUAACAGGAACUGGGGAACAGGAUAUGGAGGUGCUGGUUCCAGCAGUAACCCGUGCUCUGAGACGUACCGUGGACCAAGUGUUUACUCUGAGUCUGAGGUCAAGUCUAUUGUGGAUUUCACUAAGUCUCACGGCAAUCUCAAGGCUUUCUUGACCAUCCACAGUUACUCUCAGAUGCUGCUCUACCCCUACGGUGACACCAGCACUCCUUGCGUAGAUGAAGCAGAGCUGGAUGAACUUGCAUUGAAAGCCACCAGCAAUCUGGAGAGUCUGUAUGGCACUAAGUACACGUAUGGGAGCACUUUCGACACCAUCUAUCAAGCGAGUGGAGUCACCACAGACUGGGCCUACGAUCAGGGCGUCAAGUACUCCUACACCUUCGAGCUGAGAGACAACGGACGAUACGGAUUUGUCCUUCCUGCAGAUCAGAUCAUCCCGACUGCUCAGGAGACCUGGCUGGCUCUCAUGGCCAUCAUGGAGCACGCCAUGAACAACCCGUACUAAAUCAGCACCUGGGCUCAGCUCAGAGACACUAAUACAGGACCUAAUGUGUGACUGCUGUGAUUCCCACCUGCACAUGCAAUACUGAAAACAAUAAAAACAACUGUACAACAUGA